GGUUACGCAUAGAGAGGUACGUAUCCCUGUAUGGAGUACUUUGUACAGCGUGCGUCAUACUGAUCAUGUACGAUUGGUACGAUGUUUUUCCCCCCUUGUCAUAGUUGUCAAUUGUCCUCCUCGUCAUGAUUUCUGUCAGUCACAUGGUCGAUAAAGAUCUUUAUUAUGGAGCGAGUGUCCACUUUCUCCGGGAUUCAUUUCCUUGUGCGGCUAAUGUGUGGAGAGAGAAUCAACCUAAGAUCGGACAUGUCGAACUGUUUAGCAUUAAGAUCAUCGCCAUAGGGGCGAUUUCAUCUUGGCUUUGCGCGACUGUCCUUGUUGGUCUAAAAUCUUGCAACGGAACUCCUGAUGAGCAAAUCAAUCUAUUUUGGGUGUCAUCUGCCAUGUCUGGAACCUAUGAAGUAAUGGUCGAUAUUCCGCGGUGGCCCUGGCUCUGACGCUAUGUUCUCUCUAUAUUCUGCAGGUGUCGUGGAAAGACGAGUCCUCCGGAGUAGUACGGAUACAUGUCGGGGCUUCGGAACAGACGCAGGUCCCUAGUUCUGUACA